GUUGCUAGUCUAAUAGUCUUGCAAAAUAUUUAAAUUCUAUAAAAUCUCAGAGAUUUUCACCUAUAAAUUGCUAAUAUAUUAAUAAUAUUAUUCUAAAUUCGUUAGUUAGUUAUUAGUUAUCGGCUCUUACAAAGCGGACGGUUCACUUCAGUGGUUCAACAAUAAUUAAAGGUUUUAGUUAUUUACAAUUUAUAAUGAAUAGUUACUGGUCUCCACGGAUGAUGAUGGGUGCCGCUGUUAUUGGAUUAGUUGGUGCUGCUGGUAUGUUCCUUUAUGAACAGAUAUAUGCUGAAAAACGAAGAGCAAUGUUAGUAAACGAAGUGGCAAGAUUGGACAAACAAGUAUCAAGUUUAAGAGUCGAGUUGGAGUCCUUGAGAGAACUGCAGAAAGAAACACACGCGCGUCGCAUGAAAGCAAAAACUCGAGUGCGUCGCUCGGUGACACCGGCCGGUGACGUCACGGACUCCGAAUACUUCAAUGACUGCCAAUCACAGGCUGGCACAGACAUAGAAAUGGAUAGUGAAGAGUUCUACGACGUCCCAUCUGAUGAUGAUGACACGCUGAGAGAGACACGGAACGGGCACGCAUCGACCCUCAUCACCCUUGAAAAGGAGUCAUCGGAAAAUCAAACGACACCAAGGAGUACAUAGCCACCGCUAUAUAAUGAGAUGGUGAGCAGCUGAUAGGGGAACAUUAGGAAAUAAAUGUGUGCCGCAUGGGGCUUAGUGGUGAAAAUGGGGUCAAUGUAAGAUAAGUGGGGUAACAAUUAAGACUGUUAAUUUGAGGCCAUUGACUGUUCACGUGUAAAAAUAAUAGGACUGUGUAAUCGUAUAGUUAUUAUUCAUAGAAGGCAUGGGACGGGUAAUGGUUUUGCCAGACACCCGGAAUGGAUAAUGCUGGAUUACCCUGCCGGAUAUAAAGACCAUCUAAUGUAUUAUUAUAUAGACUUUCUUUCUGGGUACUUCAGCGAGCCAAUCGCAGAAGUUUCACGGGCUUUCAAAAGCGACGUAACUGUUCCGAAGAUUUGGGAAGUGACACCAAAGCUGAUUCCAGGAUUACGUUUACGUAUAGGACAGUUUGUGCGUGGGAUACUGUUUUUUCCCAUUAUCAUUGUUUUGAGGUUAAUUCUACUGGAGGUUAGAGCUUAAACUACAAGCAAUAGGUAGCUAUUAUAAGUAGGCACUUUGCAAGUUCAGUUUACUAAGGCAUAUUUACUUAAAAAAAAAUAACAAAAUCGCACUUAAAAAAUAAGCUUUUAAUGAUGAAUAUUUAAAAAAUGAUACCUUGUAACGCGACAUUAAUUUAUUCGUGUUUAUUUGCGUUUGUGCUACAAGCUGUUAUCACUUUUAAAAUAUUUAAUAAAAGCUUCGUUUUCGAAAUAUUUUUUUUUUCGAUUGUCUUCCCAGCAAUUUGAUGCCUAUACUAUUAUAGAGGCUCUUUAAAAAUCGCUGUGAUGUAAACAAAAUCUAGGUUUUGACUGGAAUCAUUGAACCGAUUGGGAGAGUGUUCCCUUUACCUUCCAACUAAUAUUGGAUUACCAAAAUAUGAUGAUAACAUCUGUUGGAUUAUGACUUCAUGUGGAGCGGAGCUAUUGUGGAAUAUACGCCAGUAUAGAUCAGACUUUUUUUAUUAUUCCAUCCAAAUUUACUUUUUAAAUUAGUUGAUAAUUCUACAUGUAGAGAGACGGAUUCAUAUUAACGCAACAUUGGCAAUGAUAUAAAUCGAUGAGCGGUAAUACCGAUAUUGUUCUCUCGCUCAUUUUGUUUGGCUUUUGGCCUGUUCCAAAUUCAAAUAUCUAUAUUAAAAAAGGAUAUGAUAUCAUUUAUUGAAUGUCAAAAACUACCACUUAAAUUUAAUAUUAUGCAAUAAAACUUCUUAUUAAAUAACCUAAGGACAGUCACUCCAUUCCCAAUCUGUGGUUCCAUUAAGAAAGUAAUUUAUGCUAUAGUGACGUUUACGACACAACUGUUUCUUAACAAUUCUUUUGAAUUUCGUAAUACGUUUUUAACAUUUUCUGGGAUCUUGUUGUAAAAGCAUAUACAUCGCUCCACUAAAGACUAACUAACUCGAUUUAGCUGAGUAGUAGGCAUUAUAAGUUUAUGUAUGUUCAUAUAUAUGUUCAUAUAAUAUAAAGAACGAUGGCGAAUGAAAGCUAUGGAAUAAAAAAAAGGUUAUGAGCUCGCUGGCGGUAUAAAAUCUGAUGAUAUUUGGAUAUAACUUCGGUUUUAGGAUGGAUUUAGCGCUUGGCCGACGGUGAGCGCUAACUUCGGUCGAUCGUAGCACGCACCAUACGCGCUGACCAUGUUGCGUUUAGUGCUCAGCUGACAGCAAACUUGAUUGCGCGUGUACAGUUGCGAAGAAAAAUGAACCCAUGUUUAAUCUCUUUAAUAUGUGCGUACUAUUUACGCAAAUGAUUACAGAAUAAAAGACGGAGAAGAUAUUAUGUUUACCCAGUUAUUAUAGAGUGCCUAAUCGCUGGAAAACUUCUACAAUAUAUUCGAAAUUGCUAGAACACGAACUUUUGUUUACGAUUUUUGAUUAUGAUGCACACGCGUUCGGUCGGUCGCUCGGUCGCUCAGUCGGCGUCGCGCUGAUCGCACUUAUUUAUCCCCAUAGCGCGCUUCAGCAGACCGACGAGCUCGAUCGACGAUUCUCGAUUCUCGUAGCAAUUCAUCUGUACGUUCAUAUUAUGUUUUCAUUAUUAUAGCUACGCUUGAACGACCUCAGCGCUCACCAUCGGUCGAGCACUAAAACCAGUCUUAUCCAUACAAAUCUAAAUAAGAUAGUAAAAGAACUUUUAUAAGGGCAAUUCCUUACUGCGUACGCUUGCAACGUUGCGGAUAGUGACAGACUUCAACAGCUUAAGUGUGUAUAAUACGAAUAAGCUUAGAAUCUCAUAGCGAAAAAUGAUCGCGAUAUAUUUUGGAAGUUAUUGUUCGUUUGGAAAAAUUAUCAGAGUGAAUAUUUACGAUGCGCUCGAACAACGUCACGCAAAUUCGACACCUGACGUUAGCUGGUCAACUAGACUAAUUGUAUCAUACUUCAGCUACCAAGCCUCUUGUAACUCAUAUGUCUGCUGAACCACAACGAAUGGACGAGAAUCAAAUAUAUUUCAAUUCAUACAAGUUUUAAAAUAAAAAAUUAUAAUUUCUAACUCUAAUUGUAUAAAAAUAAUUUAAUGAUAUUUAAUUACACGUUAUUUAACUGUAUAAUAAUAUUUUCAUUGGUUGUAUUUUACACCUUCUUAAUAAAAAUAUUGGUUUUUCUACAAACGUAAAAUUGCACGAGGAAUAUUUUUUUUAAGAAUUUUGUUUUAUUACGCCAAGGAAGAAUAACUUCUUGCGUUCGUACAUAACGUACACAUACAAGGUUUCUACAAUUUACUGAAAUAUUAAUAUUCAUGUUGUUUUAUGUUUUACGUCCACCAUUACGUUUAAUACUAAAUCACUACUUACUUGCUGGUACUUGUAAUGCGACAAGUUUAACGCGGGUUUGUCACAAUGUUCAUCCUUACAUAAUAAUAAAUUAUCUCUAAUAAUUAUUUAUCUAAGCAAGUCAAAUACCAUAAAAAUAAAUAAAAUAAUACAUGCAAAUUUGUUGGAUACUGAAUAGAUUUAACAAUUCUAAAUAUAGUAUAAUAUCAAUGCUCAUCGGAUGCUCAGAAUGUGUGAGUGGUAAUACCGAAGUUGGUUUCUCACUCGCAAGCGAGUCAAAUCAAUGUAUUCGGACCUUAUUUUGUAUAAAUUCUUUUUUAUUCGGAUUAUACGCAUGUUUUUAAGCAUUUCAUGGACAUUAUUGAUAAUAAUAAUUGUGAUAAGUUGCCUUUUUACCUUGUUAGAUAUUAUGAUAUAUACUGAUUGUUCCAUGUUUAGCGACUUUUAAUAUAAUAAUUUUAUAACAAAUUAAGAGUGUUCUAGUGGCAAUAUUUAUUAAAUAAAUCAAUGAGUCAAUUCUUGUCAAAGUUCGUUUGCCGGGGUUUGUUCUCUGUGGACAGAGAACCAUCGAGCUUCUCUGGUGUUAAAAUAAUACUGCUGUCAAUAUGCUCCACGGGACAUUGUCUUAAAUUCCUAAACGUUCGGUAAACUUUUCCUUAUAUGAAUAAUAUACAAUUUUUAUGAAUUUGUUACAUAAGUUGGCGUAUCUUUUGGACAUAUUUGAAUGUCAAAAUCAAAAGCAGGUGAUUUUAAUGUUCUAACGCGAAAAGGUGAAGUAUUGUGUAUUGUAUAAUCUAUCUAUAUAUAUAAAAUGAAUUGCUGUUCGUAAAUCUCGCUAAAACUCGAGAACGGCUGGACCGAGUUGGCUAAUUUUCAUUUUAAAUUAUUUGUGGACGCCCAGAGAAGGUUUAAAAGGUGAAUAAAUAUGAAAAUGCUCGGAAUU